UGUCUCAGAUCAGAUCAGACACAUGAUCGACACCUUCAGGUCGUACCCAGGUCUGAACUAUGACGAGGACUGGAAGGUGGUGACGAUGCUCAUUGGCAUGAACGACAUCUGUGACUACUGCAAAGACAAAACUCUGUUCUCUCCGGACCGUUUCAUUCAUCACAUGACAGCAGCUCUGAACAUGAUGAUGGACCAGAUCCCCAGGACCAUCGUCAACGUGGUGCAGAUUCUUCCCAUGAAGCCUCUCAGAGAAGUUCAGAGACCCACUCUGGGCUGUCAGCUGCAAAGGAGAUUUUGCUCAUGUCUGGUUAAACCUGAAGAAAACUCCACUGAGCUGACGGAGCUGCUGCAGGUGAACCUCCAGUUCCAGAGCAGAUUAAUGAAGCUUCUGAGCGGAGAUCGUUUCUUCAAAAAGGACUUUGCUGUUGUUCUUCAGCCUUAUUUAGAGAUGGCCGGUCCUCCCAGACUUCCUGACGGGUCGAUGGACCUGAGCUUCUUCACAGCAGAUUGUUUCCACUUCACAGUGAAGGGCCACGAGGAGCUGGCUAAGGGACUGUGGAACAACAUGUUUCAGCCUGACGGAGCCAAAGAGAAGAUCAAGACAUUUUCAGAGCCGGUAAAACUCAUCUGUCCAUCAAAGGAGCAUCCCUUCAUCUACACCAGAGCCCAAGUCGAGUCAUCUGCUCAGACACUGGGACAUUUGUCCGUGAUGUGGACAUCUCUGCUCUCAGUGUUGGUCCUGUUUGAUAAUCAUCUGUAGUCUGAGCCCUGUGAGCCGACGAUUCGAUUCCCACUGACUCUAUAAACACUCAGACAACUCUACAGGUGUUAGUUAGACCACAGAGUUCUGCUUGACUCAGAAUCAUUAAGUGGAUCAGUUUACUCGUGAUGAUUUAAGGGGACGGUGUCCUGGUGAUUCCAUCCUGUGUGUGCUGCACCUCACAGAACACCAGAUAUAUCCAUAACCUCCUGAUUUUAUUUUAUCAGUACUUUGAAUAAUAUAUAUUUUAUUAAUAUGAAUCAUCUCCUGUGAUCAGAUAUAACUGUCAAUGAUUCUGACAUCUGAUGAAAAUGUUUUAAAAAAUUCAAU